ACGCAUCGCCGUGCUGUGUUGCUCCGUUGCUGUGCAAGCGACGGGCGGACACACCGUGCGGCUGCCUCGGCUUCGGGCCUGCAUCUGCAUGGUGUGUGUAUGAGCUUCCCCUGCACCCACGGCUCUCCCUCCCCUCCCCUUUAUAAGCUCCCACCCAAGCUUUCACUUCACCCCCACCACAAUUCGCGCCUCCUCUUCCUUCCUCCAGCAAUCCUUGCUUGCUAUUCCUUCUUCUUCCUUGGUGAAGUCGAUCCGAUCCUAUCCAUAUAUCCAGUCCAAGCUCGUCUCUUCAAUCCAAAGCAAAAGAAAGAUCCAGGAGGAAAGGCCGAUCGGGACAUCAAAGAAGCCGUGCUGCUGGUCCGGCCUGUCGUCCAUAGGCAUGUCCUGCCUCUGCUCUCUUCUUGCCCGUCAGCGCCACCAGUGCCGAGCACCGAGAAACUAAGGGAGCAAGCCAGCAAGGGAGAAGAAGAAGCUCUUGAUCCCCGUACGCAGAAUCAACCGAUCUUGUUCUUGGGCGGCGGCGAGAAUGCGGCAGAUCUCGUCGAUGCUGCAGGGCCUGGCCCGUUCCAUGUCUCUGGGAAAGGAGAGGAAGGAGGCGGAGGAGGGGCACGGGACGGUGCUGCGGUCGUCGGGGACGCUGUGGGGCGAGGGCUCCGAGACCUUCGCCGCCGUGUGCUCCCGCCGCGGCGAGAAGGGCACCAACCAGGACACCUCCAUCGUCUGGGAGGGAUACGGGUGCCAGGACGACACCAUCUUCUGCGGCGUCUUCGACGGGCACGGGCAGUGGGGCCACUACGUCGCCAAGGCCGUCCGGGAGUCGCUGCCGCAGUCGCUCCUGUGCCGCUGGCAGGAGGCCGUGGCGCUGACGUCGCUCAUCGACGGCGAGAAGAAGCUCAGCGACUGCCAGUUCGACCUCUUGAAGCAGUCCUACCUGGCCGCCGCCGCCGCCGUGGACGAGGAGCUCCGCCGAAGCCGGCGCCUCGACGCCGUCAACAGCGGCUGCACGGCUCUGUCCAUCGUCAAGCAGGGCGAGCUGAUGGUGAUCGCGAACGUCGGCGACUCGCGUGCCGUCCUUGCGACCACGUCCGACGACGGAGACGUCACCGCCGUCCAGCUCACCGUCGACUUCAAGCCCGACUUGCCCCAGGAGAAGGCGCGCAUCAUGCAGUGCAAGGGCCGCGUGCACUGCCUCGGCGACGAGCCCGGCGUGCACCGGGUGUGGCUGCCGGACAGGGAGGCGCCGGGGCUGGCCAUGUCGCGUGCGUUCGGCGACUACUGCGUCAAGGACUGCGGCGUCAUCUCGGCGCCGGAGGUGACGCAGAGGAGGGUCACCGCCCGGGACCAGUUCGUCAUCCUGGCCACCGACGGGGUCUGGGACGUGCUCUCCAACGAGGAGGCGGUGCGGAUCGUGGCCGCGACGCCGGACAGGGAGAAGGCGGCGAAACGCCUCGUCGAGUGCGCCGUCCGCGGGUGGAGGCGCAAGCGGCGGGGCAUCGCCGUCGACGACUGCUCGGCGGUCUGCCUCUUCUUCCACUCGCCGGCGUCCUGAGCAAGCUGCCCCCGGGACUGCGAUUGCGUUGCCGUCAUGGGGGAAAAGGAAAAAAGCAAACCCAUCCACUUGCUGGUGCGUAGUAGAUCGAUCAGCGCGCGACGUCGCCGUCCGAGACUCGUUUCGGACUGGAAGGUUCAGUUCGCGUCAUGAUUGGGACGCUGCACGAGUGACCGGGGCGGUGGGUUCAACUGCUGCUGGUGGAUCACCCAAAAUUUCUACGGAUUUCACACGCCGCUCGCCAAAAUGUAUGAGGAUCAACGACAGCCACUAGCAAAUGGCAGAAGAAACAAGACGCUUUUUGUCCCUGUUUUUGUCUUGUGUGGCUCUCAUCGCCGAAAUGUAUGACUGAUCCAUCUUGACAUGAUAGGAAAACGUCACAAUUGUUCGUGUA